AAAAGCUGAAGGAAAACAUAUGAUUCACAGAAGGAAGAAAAAAAAGUGUAAACAACAGCUUCAUUACCCUUGAAAUGAGUGUCUGAGAACAAAUUUAAUGAGUGAUGAGUUUGUGAGGAAUGGUGUAAUGAGACGUGAUCUGCAAGGUAGUUCCUGACAGUCAAGUUCUCUGGGUGUUAUUUUGUAGGUGUUCUUCAAUAUUGUGAUUUUUAUUGAGCUUCCAUCAGUUUUAUAAUGGCUUAUAAGCAGGGAGGGCAGGAUGAGCAGCUACUCAAGCCAUGUAUUUGUCCAGCUGUGGUGUUUGCAUCUUUGCCUGGUGAUAUGUACUUAGCAGCCAAGAAUGGCGAUCUGAGAAGAGUGAGGAAGUACUUAGAAGAUGGUCAUGAUAUCAAUGCGGCUGAUUCAGAUGGUUACACUCUGUUGUCGAGCGCCUGUGUUGGUGGCCAGCUGUCAGUCGUGCGGUUGCUUCAACGACAACCUCACCUCCAUCGCAACCCGCGUGACUGGGCAGGUGAUACGCCUCUUAUGUAUGCUGCGAUGAUGGGCCAUGCAGAAGUAGUGAAGGAAUUGAUAUCGAGACCUCACCAGUGUCGCCUAGAUGUAAAUGCUUGCAACAACUAUGAUGAGACAGCUCUAGAUUUAGCAAUUAUUAAUAAUCACGCAGAUGUCGAAAGCACCUUGCAGAAUGUCAAGCUACCACAGUUAUCAGCCGGAGGAAAUAAUGGAAACGAGAGACUGAUUGUGAAGCCGUCAGUUUAUGUCGAGUUGAAAUUUGAAUGUGAAGUCUGCCUAGAGGACUAUGACAAGAAUGAGCGUCGGCCAAGAAUCCUGAGCUGCGGCCACUCCCUUUGUACAAGUUGCAUCACCGAAACACUCAACCACGGCCCCCUCAAGUGUCCAUUCUGCCGUUCACCUCACGUCGUUAACGUUAGGUUUGCCGCCGAAGUUCCCGUAAACUUCACCGUUGAUGGGGUGAUACAGCAACAAGGGACAUAAUUUUCUUUUUCUUUUUUUUUUCUUUCUUUUCUCUUUCUUUCUUUCCUUUUUUUUCAUGUCGAAGCAAUAGAAAUACAGUAGCUGUGAUGAGAAUGAUCAUUAAGGUCUUCAGUUCUGUGAUUUAUAAUACAUAUCUAAGUGGUACCAAAAGCAAGGUGACAUUUAUGAGGGAAAUAUCAGUAUUAAUGCAACUCUAUAGCUUUAAUGUCAAAGAUUUAUUUCAUAUAAUAAAGUCUAUAUGUUUGAA